UUGAUCGUUCAGGUGAAUUUGUGAAAACAGCUGAUUGAUAUUUUGAUGUAUUUAUAUAUGGUGUUUUAUGAAUGUGUGUAUAAAUGAAGUCCGGCAAUGUUUUUUAAUUGAUAAAUGUCAGACAUGGUGCAAGAGGAGUAUUUUCAACACAUGGAUAAACUUGAAGACCUGCUACCCGGGAUUGAACAGUUCCUCAGCAACAUCCUAGCGCGGGAGUCACUGUCACCGUACGCAGAGGAACAGCGUCAGUAUUACCUGGAGAGGCUAGAUAUCAUCAAACUGCCCCCGUCUGUCCCACCCAGGCCAAGAUCACUAGGUGUACCAGUCCACCCCUUGGUGUCUACCCCAGAGUCUGGCCGAGACAGCCUCACAGGAGCCAGCAAUGACGACUUUGCUGCCUACCAGCGUGAACUGUCACGGGCACUCAUAGAUUCAGAGACAUCUCCGGAUGUUACAGAAGUUAAGGUGUAUGAUGACAUUGACCCUUCUGAUGUGGCCACAGAUUUAUCCGAGGUCAAGGGCAGCAAGUCUCCGGAUGAUGAUGAUGAUGAUGUAUACGAAGUUCCGCAACUUCGGCGAUACAACAGCGACUCUGGCUAUGAGAAGGCGAAAGAUAUGUCUCCCCUGAGUAAAUCCACAAGCUCUGAGGAACAAGCUCAAGUGUUUGGCAUCCCAAAGCCACCACCUCUUCCCCCUCGUAGAGACAGGGCCUCAUCGGACGCAGCCAGUCGCUCAUCAAUUGGUAGUAUCUUAGAUGAACAUAUCAUCACAACCCCAGAUGCGAAGUGUGGGGAUCAUAGUGAAAGCUUGGAUAGAAAGAGUACACAUUCUGCUGAGGAGGAGUAUGAUGCGAUGUCAGUGGGGUCCCCUGAUGACCCCUCAGGCUCAUUUAUCCAGCCCCGGACACCAGACCAUAUCAGACUGCCCAGACCCACAAGGAGAAAAGCCCGAGCCCAAAGAAAGCUAGGAAAGUCUCUAACAUCACUUUGGGAAGUCAGCCAACCAUACCAGGCAUUGGAUGAUGUGGUGAUCUCCGGUGAGCUUUACUACCGAAGCAAGCUUUCUUGGACCAAGAAAUUAGCAGCCUUAACCAAUGGCAGGCUGGUCUGCUAUAAGGUUGACAAGCUGGACACUCGACCCUCGUUUGUGAUCAUAUUGAUGGGAUAUCUAGCCACAGCCCACAAGCGUGACGGGAGGCGGAGCUACGAGAUUCACCUGGACCAUGACAGCUUUGAGUCUCAUGUGUUCCUGUGUGACUUUAAGGAGUGGGCCGAUAUCUGGUGUGAGCACCUUAAUGCCGCAGCUGAAGGUCAGAGAGCCCAAGGACCUGUUGUCCAUCUAACAAGAGAAGCCCUGUCGGACAAAACUGACCCACUAUCUUACAGACUAACCAAGGCAAGCCCUGCUCACUCAAGUUCCAAUGUGUCGCUAGCAGGCAGUGACAGCGUGGAAUCAGAUUGCGGCAAGGUCAAGAAACAUGACCAUUCUACAAGUAAGAGUGCCAAAGUGGGACAGAUAGCACACCGUGCGUCAUUAUUCUUUGACUCUCUCAGUAAACGCUCAUCUGUGAAGAAAAGUCUCAAUCGCUUAUCCAGUCUAGACCGUGCUCCCUCACUUCCGGGAUUGACUGGCUCAGAAUUAGAGAAUGCAAGGGCUGAGAAUGCUGGGUCAAAUGCUUAUAAGCAACUGAUAGGCACGUCCAGUUCGCAGAAAUCCCUGCCAGAUAUGAUAAUCCCUCGAACCCCUGGACCACCAGAGUUGAGAAUUGUAGAGGAGGUUUCACCAGCAGAGGUCAAGAAGCAUAUCAAACACCAGGGUUUCCUUGACAUAUACAGCAGUUUCAACAAGCGUAAAUGGGGCAAACGGUGGUGUAUUGUACACGAGAAUAACUUUGAAUGUUACCGCUCCCCGACCAGCGACACAUGUGAACUUGAAUUCCUCCUACGGAACUGUGCACUGCAGCGGGCAAUCAAAGAAACCAGCAGUGAACUCGGUCUCAUGUUGACGGAGAAUAAUCGUGAGAAAAUCACCAUUGAGCCCGUGAGCUGGUCAGAGCUGGGCUCGUGGUUACGGGUUCUCAUGGCAGAAACAAGCACACCCUCCACCCCUGAUGGGCUCCAGGGAUAUAUGGAUGAUACGCAUCCGUACCAUGAGGCUGUGGAAAUCACCAGGAAACCACAAGCUUCCACUGCCAAAUCACAAAACAGUAAAGCUAGGACCAAAAACGUGGAUAGGGACAGUGGUAUUUGCUCUUCAGAGUCAGCUGAUGGGAGAUUUGGUUCCCUGGAGAGGGCCUCAAAAGGCUCACCUACAGCCUCAACUGUGAUCACUGUACAUAAAGACUUCUCUGAUUCUAGUCUUCCUAGAGUGAGUGUGCAGGAGACUGGUGCUAUUUAUACCAUGGUCAGGAAGUCUAGUGGGGCUGGUUCCCAAUCUGGGCCCAGCUUGACCAGCUCUAUUACAGGGGUGACAGUUCAAGCCGGGAACAAAAAAGGAGAAUCAAGCACAGCAGAGAACUUGAUUGGUGGGAAAGAUACUCAAAAAAUAAGUGCAAUGAAUGCUUCCCAUACAUCAGAGUUAGAUGAAAGUGGGUUGUUUGAAGACUUUGAAGCAAAUAUAGCCCCACUGGAGUACAAAAGGGGUGAAAGCCUAGUUGAUGAAAUUAUGUCGCAAUUUCAGACCCAACUAAGUAGUUCAUUUUCAACAAACAGUGAAUCCAGUGAACAAAUAUGUGGGACAACUGAACAUGAUAAUAAAAACCAUGAAUCCAGUGAUACCCAUGGACUAGUUAUUGAAGACCCAAAUGAUGCUGGACAAGACAAGAAAUCAACAAAAGCACUUUCAGACCUUAGUAGAAGUUCAGAUCCAUCAAAAAGGUCGAGUUUUGGAAGAAAUAUGUUUUGGUCCCAUGAAGAUCAGCAGGAAAUUCUAGCUGAGCUGAGAACCAGACUAGUGCAGUUGAAACAAGACAGGAUAACAAUCAGAAACAGAAAAGAAAAAGUUACCUGUAGCAUUGACAGAGAAUUUCUAAGUGCUGAAUUUGACAGACUUGACAGAGAAUGUAAGAAAGUUGCUGAUGAGAUUAAAUCUAUUGAAGAGGAAGCAGCCAAAUACUCAGCCAAACAGGUUAGUGAGAGGAGAUUCUCUGACAUGGAUGCAAUAGUUGAUUAUGUUAUAGAAGAAGAGGAGAUUAGUGCUAUCGAAGAAGAAGUAAGUGUAAUUGAUGAAGAAGAAGUUGAAUUUAUUGAACUCACUGAGAUUAAGUUAACAUGUGUUCCUGAAGAUAUCGUAGGUGAACUUGAACAUGAUAAUAAUAAAGAAACAGUAGUUGAUUAUAAUGAGGAAACAAAUGGUGAUUUGAAAGGUGAUUGUAAAGAAGAAACAGAAGGUAAACUGAAAGGUUAUUGUAAGAAAGAAUUGGAAAAGGACGCUAAUGAAAGGGCAGAAAACAUUGAACAUCAGGAGUUUACAGUUUGUAAUGAUGAAGUAACUUUAGAAAAAAGUUUUGCUAAUGAAAUUGUGACAUCCGAUGGUAAAAAAUCUGAAUAUUUAGGACAAACAAAUGUUGAAUCUGUUAAUUUUAUUGAUACCAGUUUAAUCCAUUCAAGAGAUGACAAAGAUGUUUCAAAAAUACAGAAUAGCAAUAUAGAAAGAUCAUGUAAUUUAAACUCAGAAGAAAAAUGCCAUGAUAUAGAAGAGGAAAAAUGUAUAAAUAAUGGAGAAAGUAACUCAGGGCUAAAUGAUGGCAAUGGUGAUGCCAAAGUGAUGGAAACUGAUGAUACUGAAGCAGUGGAGAAAAUAAAUACUGAAAUUGAAACUCAUAAAGCAGGAUGUGAAGACCCAGGAACAGAUCAAUUAGAACAUGGACUUAGUGAAGAUAAAAGAGAAAUUAAUAUAAACAAUAACAAAGUUGCAAGUGAGCUGAAGCAGUGUUGUUCUGUUUCUAAAUAAAGGAAAGAGUGGAAAGAUUUGUCAUCUAACAAAUAGCAACUGAACCUCUACUUCAAAUUGAGAGUUCCAAAAUAUGUUUUAUUUGUAAAGCAUUUAAGAAAAACAAAUAAUUGUGAAUAACCUAAUCAUAACUCUUCUAGCUAGAAGUGAAAGCAGUCUGGGAUGGAAACUGUUAGAUGGAUAGACAAGCAUGCGUAACAUCAGUUGCAAUCUGAAAGAAAUUGAUGCCAUUAGAAUUGCAAAACUGAUGAAACUGGACAGGGCAAGGGGAGUUUAAAGAACCCUGACCUUGACUCUAAAGGUCAUGCACCCUAGCUUCCGGCAACAGUUUUUUUAUCCAAUAAUUCUAAGAUUUACGUUUUAUUUGUUUAUUUUGAAGACUAAUGAUAAUUAUUAUAUUCAAAUGCAUUAGGUUAUAUUUUUUCUUCGAGAUGCCUGUUUGUGCACUUACUUGUAUUUGCAAAAGUGCCUUAUGUAUUCAAAUGCCAAUUUCAUUUAUCAACUGUAAAUGCAAAAGAAAUCUUGCUAUAAGUAAGAAUAUAUUGUGGAAAAUCUGAAAGACUAAGAAGGUUAAAGCAACAUGUAGCGAGUGAGCCAUUCUUUGACAUUAAAAUUCUUCAAAGUUUUGAGCAAGCAGGGAUCCACAUUAUGAUGUUUUGUCUGUUAUGUUAUAAAACUGCGAAAUUUAACAUUAAGCAUGGUAUUUAUUUGAGACUGAUAGGUGAUCUCCUUGGCUAAUAAUGUAGGUCAUUAUCUAAAUUUGCUUUUAUGACAUGCUUUAUUUAUAAUCUACCAAUUGGCUGUAGUGUGUGUGUGUGUGUGUGUGUGUGUGUGUGUGUGUGUGCUGAAUAUUAUGAAUGAAAAUUACAUAUAGACUGUGCAACAGUUUAUUAUAUUCGUAUACAUUUCAUUGCCUUGUUUGAAUUUAAAUGAGAAAUCAUUUUAUUUAUGCUAACCGAAUAUUAACAUGUAAAUAACUGCUGAAAAUUUUACAUUUAAGAGUAUACGCUAUUUCUGUUAUUCAUUAAAUAUUACUAUAUUUUUUACAUUAUUUAUUGAUAUUGUUUUAUUUUUAAAAAUAACAUCAUGUGCUAAAACAAUUGUUUACCGUGUUGUUUUUUACCUGUGUAAUAUUAUAAAGCAGCUCUCUGAGUCAAUUUUACUCGACCAUUUUGGAAAGAAAGAAUCAAGUACAUUUAUUUUCAUUCCCUUCUCAGAAUCAUGCAAAAACAUUAAUUAGAUAUUGCUCAAAACAUGUUUUGAAAAUUCAAGGGCCAUAACUCCGGAAUGAAUAC